AUGUCUGCCUUCAGCUUGUCACUCCGCCCCUUCCUGCGCGCUUCCUCCGGCACAGCUCGCUCCGCGCGCACCUUCACCACCUCCUCGCCCCGUUCAAUCGCACGUAUGAUCAUCACUGGCCGCCUUGCUGCCGAGCCCGAGCUACACGCCACCUCGACAGGCCAGGAAGUCAUCAAAUAUGCGGUGGCCUCGUCCUACGGUUCCCGGGAGAACCGGCAGAUCAGCUGGUUCCGCGUGUCCAGCUUCCAGCCGGAAGGUCCCCAGCGGGAUUUCAUUCUGAAUCUGCCCAAGGGAACCCUGGUGUACGUCGAGGGUGACGCCACCAUGCGCAUGUUUGAGGACGCUGAAGGCAGGAAACACUCCAAUCUGGGCAUCGUUCAACGGACGCUCGAGGUCCUCAAGCGCCCAUAUAACCCCGAGUCCGCUGGAUCUGAAGGUUCCUCCCAGUGA